AUGACGGAGGUGAGAAGCACUUUCGGGAGUGUUUUCAAUACAAAGGUUGUCGUUACUCCGCUUGAUGAAUUCCCCCUACCAACGAAGGGAGACUCCAUUGGUAGGAUGUUGUACAAGAAGAAAAGAAACAUGGGAAACCUGUCAGAGGACGAAAAAAAUUAUUAUUUGAGUACUUUCAAUUCAGACAAAGGAGGAUUCUUUAAUUUGAAAGAUUUCCAAAUUGGAAGGCCUUUGGGAAAAGGAAAAUUUGGUAGUGUAUAUGUCGCAAGAUCGCCUCUUUUUGGUAAUCACUUAGUUGCUGUUAAAGUUCUCUUCAAAAGUCAGUUGGUUAGUUCAAAAGUUGAACACCAGCUUUGCCGUGAAAUCGACAUUCAGACACAUUUAAGGCAUCCUAACGUUCUACGACUUCAUACUUAUUUUUGGGAUUCUAAGAAAGUUUAUCUUGUGUUAGAGUAUGCUGUAAACGGCGAAAUGUAUAAAUCGCUUCAGAACAAAGGGAGAUUUGACGAGGAGUCCUCGGCAGCGUACAUGUACCAAAUAGCUGAUGCUUUAGCAUACUGUCAUGAGAAGAACGUGAUUCAUCGAGAUAUCAAACCAGAGAAUCUUCUAUUAGGAGCUCUUGGUGAAUUGAAAAUAGCUGAUUUCGGUUGGAGUGUGCAUGCAGGCAGUAAUAAACGGCAAACUAUGUGUGGAACAAUGGAUUACUUACCUCCAGAAAUGGUUGUUGGCGAGGAGCAUAAUGCUAUGGUUGAUAUCUGGUCCAUUGGAGUGCUCUGUUAUGAGUUUUUAGUGGGACGACCACCUUUCGAGAACGAUGACACUAAUCAAACUUAUGCAAAUAUAAGAAAUGUCCGUUACACGUUUCCUUCUUAUGUCAGUGUAGGAGCUCGUGAUUUAAUCAGCAAACUAUUGCAAAGAAGACCAGAAGAUAGAAUCAGUUUAGAGCAGGUUAUGCAACAUCCAUGGGUAGUUAAGCAUGUGGAAGCAAAAAAAAGCAGAAUGAUUAAAGAACAAGAAAGCCAACUUUUCCAGUAG